CAGCGGAGCCCACGACGAUUUGGCCUUUGCGACGUCCAGCUUUCGACGACCGACAACCACAUCGCGACCCUCGAAGUUCACUGUCUAGCUACUUCGACAAACGCAAAUAUGGCUGACGCAGACUACAACGCCGAGGAGGCUGCCGAGCUUAAGAGGAAGAGAGCGUUCCGCAAGUUCUCUUACCGUGGUGUCGACCUCGACCAGCUCCUUGACCUUGGCUCAGAGGAGCUCCGUGACCUCGUCCACGCCCGUGCCCGCAGAAGGUUCAACCGCGGUCUCAAGCGCAAGCCCAUGGGCCUGAUCAAGAAGCUCCGCAAGUCCAAGCAGGAGGCCAAGCCCAACGAGAAGCCCGACCUCGUCAAGACCCACCUCCGUGACAUGAUCGUUGUUCCCGAGAUGAUCGGCAGCGUCAUCGGCGUCUACUCCGGCAAGGAGUUCAACCAGGUCGAAAUCAAGCCCGAGAUGGUCGGCCACUACCUUGGAGAGUUCUCCAUCUCAUACAAGCCCGUCAAGCACGGAAGGCCGGGUAUUGGUGCCACUCACUCUUCCCGUUUCAUUCCUCUCAAGUAAAUGGUCUGGGUCUUGGUUGCAUGGGUUAUUUCGUGGGACGGACAAUGUACUUGAUGACCUACAACGAAUACAGGUGUUAGGUGCAUUACUCUCGAUGGCUGUGACGCACAAAAGCGAUCGCGGCGGACAUGAAGAUAGG